AUGGGUAUUAAACAACUAUUCUCAAUCAUCAAGGAGGAAGCUCCAGAUGCAAUCAAGGAGGGUGAGAUCAAGAACCAAUUCGGCCGCAAGGUCGCCAUUGAUGCAUCAAUGAGUAUCUACAGCUUCCUCAUCGCCGUUCGAUCCGAAGGUCAGCAGCUCACAAACGAGAGCGGCGAGACAACAUCACAUCUGAUGGGCAUGUUCUACCGCACUCUCCGCAUGGUUGACAAUGGCAUCAAGCCCCUCUACGUAUUCGAUGGUGCACCACCCAAGCUCAAGUCCGGCGAGUUGGCCAAGCGUUUCCAACGCAAGCAGGAGGCUACUGAAGGCCUUGAGGAGGCUAAGGAGACAGGUACCGCAGAGGACAUUGAGAAGUUCUCUCGACGAACUGUCCGUGUCACUCGUGAGCACAACGCCGAUUGCCAGCGUCUGUUGAAGCUUAUGGGAAUCCCGUAUAUCAUUGCCCCCACAGAGGCUGAGGCUCAAUGUGCUGUCCUGGCCCAGGCCGGCAAGGUGUAUGCAGCUGCCAGUGAGGAUAUGGACACCCUCUGCUUCAACACACCCAUUUUGCUACGACAUCUCACCUUCAGUGAACAAAGAAAAGAACCUAUCCAGGAGAUACAUUUGGAUAAGGUCCUCGAAGGCUUGAACAUGGAGAGGAAGCAGUUCGUAGAUCUUUGCAUCCUGCUUGGGUGUGAUUACCUCGACCCAAUUCCCAAGAUUGGUCCCAGCACAGCUCUGAAGAUGAUUCGCGAUCAUGGUUCACUGGAGAAGGUUGUCGAGGCUAUCGAGAAGGACUCCAAGAAGAAGUAUGUCAUCCCCGAAGAUUGGCCUUACAAAGAUGCUCGGGAUCUCUUCUUCGAGCCAGAUGUACGACAAGCCGAUCACGCCGACUGCGACUUCAAGUGGGAGAAGCCCGAUAUGGAGGGUCUUGUCAAGUUCCUCGUAACUGAGAAGGGCUUUUCAGAGGACCGCGUCCGCAGCGGUGGUGCUCGCCUGGAGAAGAAUCUCAAGAGCUCUCAACAAGCCAGACUAGAGGGUUUCUUCAAGCCGGUGCCCAAGACCGAUGCCGAGAAGGCCGCACACAAGCGAAAGCUGGAUGAGAAGAUGGAGGAGAAGAGAAAGAAGGCUAAGCAGGAGAAGAAGGACAAGGCAGCCACCAAAUCGAAGCCCCGAGGUGGUAAGUGA